GGAAAACAAAACAAUAAUCUAUCUGUGUCCCAAUGACAAGACUCUCGUCCAUACAACCAGCUAACAGGUACCGCAUUUGACUCCUUAGCGAGUGUGUUAAUAUGAAUUCCGUUGUCCUUUCUGUCACGUCUCUGUGCAUGUUUUCAGUUUCAAUUGGUUGGUUUUGGUACCUUUCUCGUCGUCCGUUUCCCCUUAUAUUUAUGAAUAUCCGUUUCAGAAGAAUAUAUCUAAUUCUUAUAAACGUGAUGAUUGUUUAAAUGGCCUCUACGGGUAUUAGAUAUGAUGGUAAGUGAUGAAGUCCAUUGUUC